GCCAAAUGAUUGAUGAACAUUACAAUAAUUUUCUCUCUUGAAACAGAUAUGGCAGACCAUGGUGACUGCGAUAACCUCUUAAUUUCUCCCUAUCAUCUUCAGACUUGAAGUAAGACCCUACAAUGAAAUACCAUUCACUCUUUAUGACAGAUAUUGAAACUGAAAUGAAGAAGACGCUAGGGAUAUUUCCCCCCACGAAAAAAGGAAAUUAGAAGAUUGGAUAUAUUAGAAGUACCAUUUAGUAUGGCUUGAUAUUAAAUUUUGGAAUAUCAAAGACUAGGAAAAAGAAGACUCUUGAGGUUCUGCUGAGGAAUGGGAACAAGAAAUCAAGUUUUUCUGCUGGUUGUUUUUUUCCAAAUUUCUCUUAUAGCUGCAUCACAGACUGAUAAUGGUGAUUUUAUUGCUUUAAAGUCUCUCAAGGAUGCUUGGCACAACACCCCACCUAGUUGGGGACAGAUAGAUCCAUGUGGAGAGAAUUGGGUAGGCAUAAAUUGCACCGAAUCACGUGUGACUUCCAUAACUUUGUCAAGCAUGGGAUUGGAGGGUCAGCUGACGGGGGAUAUUUCAACAUUGUCGGAAUUACAGAUAUUGGACCUUUCUUCCAACAAGGGCCUCAAUGGUUCUCUCCCUUCAUCAAUUGGGAAUUUGAAGAAGUUAACAACUUUAAACCUAAUUGGUUGCAGCUUUUCUGGUCAUAUUCCCGAGUCAAUUGGAUCUCUGCCGCAGCUUGUCGUUCUAUAUCUUAAUGGUAAUAGAUUCAGCGGAGCAAUUCCACCUACCAUUGGAAAUUUGACGAAUCUUUAUUUGCUGGACAUCACUGACAACCAACUCGAAGGACCUAUCCCCGUCUCCAAUGGGACUACUCCUGGUCUUGAUAUGCUCGUCCGUGCAAAACACUUUCAUUUCGGAAACAAUAAGCUCUCGGGUCCAAUCCCGUCUCAGCUUUUCAGUUCAAAUAUGACUUUGAUACAUGUGCUUCUUGACAGCAACCAACUCAGUGGAAGCAUUCCUUCGACCCUUGUAUUUGUGAAGACUUUGGAGGUUCUACGUUUAGACAGGAAUUCAUUAGGUGGUUUUGUCCCUUCAAAUUUCAACAAUCUCACAAGUUUGCAAGAGCUGUAUUUGUCUAACAAUAAAUUGAGUGGCCCUUUGCCAAACCUUACUGGUUUGAACUCUCUCAACUACUUGGAUUUGAGCAAUAAUAGUCUUGAUACCUCAGAUGUGCCAUCGUGGUUUUCAACCGUUCAGUCCUUGACAACAUUAAUGAUGGAAGAUUGUAGAAUUCAAGGAGAAGUUCCUGUCAGCCUUUUCGGCCUCCCCAAUCUAGAGACUGUGGUGUUGAGGCGCAAUUACCUCAAUGGCACUCUAGAUAUUGGAACUAGUCAUAGCGAUCAACUAAAGCUCAUUGAUUUCCAGAACAAUCUCAUUUCUGCCUUCACACAAAGACCACGAGACGACAAAUUUAAAUUGAUACUUGCUGGGAACCCAAUUUGUGAUGAAAUUGGACAAACUAAGAGUUACUGCACGACUCCAGAAGUUGAUUCAUCACCAUACAUGACACCACCAAACAACUGCAUCCCUGCCCCUUGCAGUGCAGACCAGGUUUCGAGCCCCAACUGUCGAUGUGCAUUUCCAUAUACGGGAACUCUAAUCUUUAGAGCUCCUUCGUUCUCCAACUUGGGAAACAAAACGUACUAUGUUACUCUAGAGCAGUUUCUUAUGAAUUCUAUUCAGUUGCCUAAAGCUGCAGUGGAUUCAGUUUCUCUACGUAAUCCAAGAAAGAAUCCAUUUGAUUACCUUGAAUUGACUCUGGAACUCUUCCCAUCCGGCCAAGAUAGUUUCAAUCGAACUAUUAUUUUUGAGAUUGGUUUCAUACUUAGCAACCAUAAUUUCGAGCCCUCAGAAUUCUUUGGAAAUUUCUACUUUAAAGCUGAUGCCUAUAAGCAUUUUUCAGGGGAAUCUCUGGGAUCACACAAGUCAACAAGCAUCUACAUUGUCAUUGGAGCUGCUGUUGGUGUUGUUGUUCUCCUGCUGCUUCUGUUGCUCUUUGUAGGGAUUUAUGCUUAUUGUCAGAAGAAGAGAGCGAAAAGUGCGACAGAACAGAACCCUUUCGCAAAUUGGGAGUCGAGUAAGAGUAGUGGCAGCAUUCCUCAAUUAAAAGGAGCACGAUUCUUCUCUUUUGAAGAGGUCAAGAAAUACACCAAUAACUUUUUAGAGGGCAAUGAGAUUGGAACUGGUGGAUAUGGAAAGGUUUACCGAGGAACUCUUCCUGACGGGCAACUGAUUGCAAUAAAACGAGCUCAACAAGGAUCUACGCAGGGUGGGCUUGAAUUUAAAACUGAGAUUGAACUUCUUUCAAGAGUCCAUCAUAAAAAUGUCGUCAGCCUUAUUGGAUUCUGCUUUGAACAAGGCGACCAAAUGCUGAUAUAUGAAUAUAUUACAAAUGGUAACCUGAGGGAUUGUCUAUCAGGGAAAACUGGAAUCAAUCUGGAUUGGAUGAGAAGACUUAAAGUAAUCCUUGGUGCAGCUAGAGGUCUGGCUUAUCUGCAUGAGCUUGCAUCCCCUUCCAUUAUCCAUAGGGAUAUCAAAUCAACCAACAUUUUACUGGAUGAACAUUUGAAUGCAAAAGUUGCUGACUUUGGUCUCUCCAAGCUUGCAAGUGAUGGCAACAAGGCUCAUGUUAGUACUCAAGUUAAAGGGACAAUGGGUUAUUUGGAUCCAGAAUAUUUUAUGACACAGCAAUUGACAGAGAAAAGUGACGUUUUUAGCUUUGGUGUGCUAAUGUUGGAGCUAAUAACAGCUAGAAGGCCGUUAGAACAAGGGCAAUAUAUUGUUAGAGUGGUAAGGAUAGCAAUGGACAGAACAAAAGAAUUAUACAACCUCCAUGAAAUUCUUGAUCAAAAACUGGAGUUGGGUCCUAAACUUAAAGGUCUAGAAAAGUUCGUGGAUUUGGCAAUGAACUGUGUACAAGAGUCAGGUGUUGAUAGGCCUACAAUGGGGGAGGUGGUGAAAGUGAUUGAGAACAUAAUGCAGGUGGCUGGUCUGAACCCAAAUGCUGAAUCAACCUCAACUUCUCCAACUUCUGAUCAAACAAGUAAAGGAAUUUCCUUUGGCUCUUGUGAUUUGUGAAAAGGACAUGGAACUUAUAAGUGAUGAGAAUUACCUUCUUGUAAAUAUCUGCCAUAAAGUUUGAAGUUGUGUGUGCUUUUUUUUUUGGUAAGGUUGAAAUGUAAUUAUAUAUAAACAAUAUAAAGGAUGUUAAAGUAUAAGAUGUGAAUUUAUAGUA